UCGCGAGGGGCCGCCGAGCGCAGUCAGCCGCCGCCACCUCAGCUGCGCUCAGUCCGGACAGACGCUCGCCGCCUGCAGCCCGCAGCCCGCUGCAGGACGCUGACGGUUCCGCACGUCUGGCACUGUCGCUGGCGCGCCCGAAACUUCCAGCACUAUGUUGAAUAAGAGUGGUGAGAGCAGAUAUCCUGCCUUGUUCCCGGUCUUAGGGGGUUCAUCCAUGAGCUCAGAUUUUCCACAUUACAACUUCAGGAUGCCUAAUAUUGGAUUUCAGAAUCUGCCUCUCAACAUAUAUAUUGUGGUUUUUGGUACUGCUAUAUUUGUCUUCAUCCUUAGUUUACUCUUCUGUUGCUACUUGAUUAGGCUAAGACAUCAAGCACACAAAGAAUUUUAUGCCUACAAACAGGUUAUAUUAAAAGAGAAAGUAAAAGAAUUGAAUUUACAUGAGUUGGGGAGCUCCUUGGACCAUACAGCAGAUCUUGUCUGGGUGACAGAUAUGUUCACUGUUCAGCACAACAGCUGUGCCAUGAGCAUAGGACUGAUGUUUUCCCCCUGUGGUGUCUCCUUCUGCAGGUGCCUUAUUAAAUGGCUGGAGGUUCGUAAAGUGUGUCCCCUGUGCAACAUGCCAGUUCUACAGCUGGCCCAGUUGCACAGUAAGCAGGACCGUGGACCCCCUCAGGGGCCCCUCCCCGGGGCAGAGAACAUUGUAUAGCUUACCACAAGGAUCAGACUGUUGCUGGACACAACAUCUGUGUGGAGCCAGGAAGAACACAAGUGGUGUCUGUAUUGGCUGCUCUCUAUCAAGGACACCAGCUGCCACUUCUUUUGCUUCAUGAAGAACUCUUGGGCCAGCCAAGCUGGGAACCUAGGUGUCUGGGUCUUAUGACAACCAAAGCACUUUGACACUACCCCCUGCCGAGAGAAGAGGAGUGGAUGAGCCUGCGGGUUUGCCUCAAGAAACUUCGUGAGAGGCUCUUACUACAUUACACUCUCUCUCCUGGAGCCUCAUCUCUGUGUCAAGCAGGAGGGUAAAGAAGAGAACUAAGAGCAGGUCGUUAAAGCCACACCCCCACCUUCAGAUGGAUGGGUUUCUGUGCAGGCUGUGCAGGCCUUUGUAGCAGCAAACCCUCCUGCAGCCCUUGAGCCAAGUAAAACCAGCAUAACCAGCCACGAGUGGUUGGUGAGGCAGUGCCCACAAGGCCCAUUUAUAUUCCUUUGGUAAGACCAUCUUGGAACCCAAGGGCCUUGAGUAGCAGUGUCCCUCGCCACCCAUUUCCCCCUCAAGAUCACAACACCUGCUGUCAGAUCAUCUGAGCUGAAAACAUUAGAUACACUUGGAAAGGCCUGGUCAGAAGCCAUUUCCUCUUAGCAUUCCCCUUUCUAUGCACCAGUGAGGCUCAUCGAGAGCAGGGCAUGAACCCUGAGCCCACACUGUCCUCGAGUGAUCCAGCCGGUUGCCCACAUCCCCACAUGUGCAGUGUGGUUUCAUUGCAGCUGCUGUGGGCCCACUGCCUCAGGAGGGAGCCACUGUGAACCUCUCGAGUGGCUCCAAAGAGCAGCAGCUUUUUGAGAAUGGCCCAUACUCCUGGCCCAGCUGGACAAAGGGGAGACCAACCGCUUGGCCUCUCCCCCUCCUCCUUCCAUCUCUUCCCUCUCUUGCCCUCUCUCUCUUUCCACUUCAGAAAAAACAAAUGCCUGUCAUUCAGUUUUUAACACUUUAUCCCAAAUAAGAUCCCUGUGUAAUUCUGAAGCCGGUGAUCCACUCGGAAUUGUAAAUAGUUUCAGGAAGCUCCUGCAGGGCUGUCCACCAUUGGUGUGUGCCUCAGUAUUUGGACUUGCGAAACUGAAAGUGUAUUUAUAGGAGAGAAACGCAUGCUGCUCUUGGCUCUUUCUGUCCAACUUUUCUAGAAAUGACUCAGUCCAUUAGGAUUUGUGAAUAUUGUAUAAAUUAGCUAUGGAAAGCAGCAGUAGGUCAGAUGGAAAAUUCUUUUCCACAGCCCUGCUGUCUGCCUCCCUCCAUCUUAGGAGCACCUGCCUCAAUUCCUCCUCAACUGCUUUGCUCCACUCCAUCCCACAGAUGUGAGUGGGGGAGGUUUUUCACACAGUCUGUGUGACAGAGAAUGGAUGGAGGAAGCUUUGCUACUCUGCUCAUGGCAUGACUCCAGGAUUUUUUUUUCUGGAAUCCAACCUCUAUCCUCUUAUGAGAGGGAACCUGUCCUUGGCUCAGGUGGCUGGGGUCAGAUGAGGGGAAAUUUUCCAUUAGUCUAGAAAAGUGCUGGACAGAAUCCAGUUUGGAAAACUACAAAUCCAGUUGGCCAAAAUAGGCCAUUUCCUAUGUGUGACCUAUUUGUGGUAUGCCAAACUGGACUGCUUCCUAAACAGGACAAGGAAAGUGAGGAAUAUUUUUAUAUGAAAGCCUUAGCCUGUCUGGCACCCAUGGAAAGAACUAUCUGUGCACUCCUGCUUUCACCAUCUUUUUGCAUUCUCUGUUUAUAGCACGAUAGAGUUAAUGCUGCAAAACACGCAGUUUAUAGUGAGCUGUUUUUGGUGACCAGUGUCAGAAGGAGGCUUGCUUCUGGACUAGCGUCAGUAAUGGCCAGCAGCCACCAUUUUCCAGGGAUUGGCCAUGGAACAGAUGUCACCUCUCUGUUAUGGGGCUCUAAUAGGAAAGAGAAUGUUUUUCCUCUCAAAAGAGGAACUUCCUAUGAUCAAUACUGCAAAUUAUUGCUGCUCACAGCUUUUAUAGGAUUCUAGUCUUUCAGUUGCAGCCUUUUUCUGUCCCUGUGAAUCAGUACUAACAAAAGACAGCCUCACCAAGUCCGUGUAUUUGAACAAACAAAAAUUAAUUCAUCUCCCUGUGUCAGAGCCACAGGCAUGUUGAGGGGGUUGAUACGUAGCACUGGACCAGGGCACACAGCCCAGAUAGUUCCAGCCAUGAGAGGAAAGCACAAGAAUGCUCUGCACUCUGCACCAGCUUGGGUCUGCUUUGCCCAGAUGAGGGACCACUAACCACCUUCUCAGCACAUGUGAAUGUGGAGUGAUUUUAAAAUGCAUUCCUUCUGCUAGAAUUGGGCUGGAAGCUGGAACAGUGAGAGUUUUUUCUGCUCAUAGUCAUCUCCUUUUCUUGGUGCGACGUCCUUCUGCAGCAAGCCUAGUGUCACUAGCAGUAGUUCCUGCAACUCCUAUCAACACAACCCAAAUAUCUGCUCCCUGCAUCUGGGGUCCUCCACCAGGUUCCUGUGCAUCUGCAUUGCUGUACAUGCAAAUAGAAGGCCUUUUAAUUUACAUCCUCCUUUAAUUCUGAUUAAAAUCACAGGGUUUUUGUUUGA